AUGAUCCAGUACAACUUGAGGAUGGUGGUGUCCAUCGCACAGCGGUACAGGGGCAGGGGCGAGGAUCUGGAGGACUUGCUGUUGGAGGGUCUGGCAGGGUUGGAUCAUGCUGUGGAGCGCUUCGAUCUGGAAAAGGGUUAUAGGUUCUCCACCUAUGCCUACUACUGGAUCCGACAGGCUGUGUCACGCUGCAUUUCGAACCAGUCAAGGGUGAUACGGCUCCCUGUGCAUGUGUGCGAGGCACUGGCCAAGAUCAAUCGCAUCACUGAGGAGAUGAGGGAGAAGGGUGGCGUGAGCGAUGUGGAGAUCGCAGAGAUGCUGGGACUCAGUGUUGACAAGGUGAAGAUGUACAAGAAGGCAGCUAUACCCUCCAGGUCACUGGAUGCCCCUCUGUACACCAGCUCCAAAAGGACCAUGGAGCACCAGUCAACACUGCUUGUCGACAGUAUUCCCCAGGAGGAUAGCCCUGUGGAUGAUGCUCUCAAGGACAAGGAGGUGAAGGAGAAUUUGAACACAGUGCUAAACACGCUGCAUCCCCGGGAGAGAAAUGUGCUGCGCAUGCGCUAUGGACUGCACAGGCCCGGCGGUGCCUCUAUGAAGCUUUGGGACAUCAGCUCUGUAUAUGGCCUCAGCCCUGAGAGGAUCCGUCAGAUUGAGGAGAAGGCGUUGCGCAAGCUGAGGCGACCUUGGAGGAAGGCUUUGUUGAUGACGCCUUGA